GUUUGAGCGAUCACCUGAUAGAAAGUGGUGAAGUUUAAAGACUUGUGGCGUGCCGUGUGCCGCUGAGCAUGGGAACCAGGACGUAGAGCUCCUCUCGGCGUCUUGUUAGUCUCCAGUCUCCCGGUCAUGGCUCUAAUCUCCGUAAUUCUCCUGCUUCUGGCUGCGCUGCACCACAGCGAUGGGGCCUUGCACUUUGCUUCUUAUUAUGGAGACCACAUGGUGCUGCAGAAGGCCCCACACAGAGCUGUCCUGUGGGGGUACGGCCCUGAGGGGGAGCAGGUCACGGUCUACCUGUUGGGGCCAGUUCUCCAGAAAGUCUCGUCGGCCCCUGUGACUGAAGGCGUUUGGCAAGUCACCCUUGACCCGGUUGAUGCCGGCGGUCCCUACGAUGUAUAUGCUGUCUCUGAGAGCAGCAUGUGUCACUUGGGGGAUGUGCUGUUUGGAGACAUUUGGCUGUGUGGAGGCCAGAGCAACAUGUAUUUCAAAACAUCCCAGAUUUUCAAUGCAUCUGAGGAAUUGGCCCUUGCCUCUAAAUAUCCACAUGUAAGGCCUUUUAUGGCGGCUUUGAAAGCGAGUAAAACUGAGCUGAUCGAUCUAAUCCAAGUGGAAAUACCCUGGUCUGUGCCCACCACCAGUGUCGUGGCAGAGUUCUCCGCGGUGUGCUGGCUCUUCGGCCGUUACAUGUACGAGAAGCUGAAGUACCCCAUAGGACUGGUGGAGUCGUGUUGGGGAGGCACUCCAGUGGAAGCCUGGUCGUCCCCAAGAGCCCUGAAGCAGUGUGGACUGCUGCACAACGAGGACAACUCUAUGUUGAACAAAACUAUUCUGUGGAAUGCCAUGAUCCACCCAUUCCUCAAUAUGACCAUCUAUGGAGCCAUCUGGUACCAGGGUGAGGCGAACGCGGAGUUCAACAGAGACAAGUACAACUGUUCAUUCCCUGCUAUGAUUAAUGACUGGAGGAUGGCAUUUCACCAAGGCUCGGGGGGGCAGACCACUCCUGACUUCCCAUUUGGAUUUGUCCAACUGUCCACCAACAGAAACGUGAGCACAGACGACGGCUUCCCAGACAUCCGCUGGCACCAAACGGCAGACGUGGGCUACGUCCCAAACAGCAGGAUGGAGAACACCUUUAUGGCGGUGGCUUUGGAUUUACCAGAUAAAGCUUCGCCGUACGGCACGUCUGUUGCCCAGAGAAGAACGUGUCCUGUGAGUCCAAGUCCAUUUGGUUUCCGGCUGCCAUCUUGGCUUGGAAUCAAACCAGCAUCCAGCUGUUUUCUGCCAGUUGUCCUCCAUCUAAAGUCGCUGCCCUUAGAUACGCAUGGGCAGACUGGCCCUGUGAAUUUAAAGCAUGUCCCGUUUAUGACGCCAGUGGGAAUCUGCUGGCGCCUCCUUUUAUCACCAAUCGAUACGCAGGCAAUCAGAAUAUUUGGAGAAGCACCUGAACAAGAAGCUGUGAAAAGAAAUAAAGGGAUCUUGUAUUUUUUUUGUUUUUUUUAUUCUGUAAACUCUGGUUUACAGAAUCUAAUUCUAUUUUCAUGAGUAAUGAAAGGACUAGUAAAAGCAUGUGUACCUGCAAAGGCGUCUGAAUACUGAUGUUAUGCAGACUCUCCUGAUUCAUGAAAAAUGGAAAUCUUAAUUACUGUGGUUGCAUGGGUUCAGUGUUCUCCAGUGGUUGAAUUAAGCAUUGUGCAUAGAUGUGUUUACACUGUAAAAUGUGUUGUUUGUAGAAAACCAGUGUUUGAUAUUUUAUCCAUUUGGAAGAAAAAAAAUUUUCAGGCUCAAAUUAAAAUUUUUCUUUGAGGAGAAUUUUUAAAGUAUAAAGAAAGUGUUCAUUUAUGGCAUAUUUCUACAGAAGUCAAGGUUGAAAUAUGGAACUAAGAAAAACCAGGCCAGAAUGGAUAAACAAGAAAACAAACAGAUGGAUAGUGGAGAAUGAACUGAUGGACUAACAGAAGCAUAAUAAAACUAACUUGGUGAACUGUGAUUAAAUUUUAAAUACUGCAUGGAGACAUUUUUUUUAAACUUCUUCCCAUAUUUUAAUUUCAUUCCAGGCUUUUCCAUAACGACUGGGAACCUUGAAGUGUGUUCAUCUUCUAAAGUGCUUUUAGACCUGCUGUGAAUUGGCAUCAUAUAAAUUUGAUUUACCUACAGAACUAUGAUUUUAUUUUAUUAUUGGGCUGUUUUGAAAGUUGAAAAAUUAGCAAAUGUUCAUCUCAAACUGGAAUGUAAGAAAUGGAUUAAAAUAUAUGGAAAAACUUGGAUCGGAGGAGAGGUGCAAAGUUACAGUCUUAUUUUGAUUGAAGUAUUUACCAUGCCUGGAGAACUAUGGAGUAAAAAAACUAUUCAGAAUA